AUGGUGACCCCGGGGCUCUUUCUACAUCGGCCGUUGCUGGCUUGUCCGACGUAUUUUAGCGUUCGAUUUACUUCCACCAAGACAUGCGACCCUUUAAGGAUUCUCUUCUGCGGCUCUGAUAGCUUCAGCAUUGCAUCGCUGAAUACCCUUUACAAAGAACAUGUCAAUAAUCCGGAAACAAUUGCCUCAAUUGACGUUGUUUGCAGGCCUGGGAAGAGAGUUGGGCGAGGUUUAAAAAACUUUCGUGAAGUCCCAAUUAAAGCUGCUGCAACCCAACUGUCACUCCCGGUCCAUGAAAUCGACACGUUUACUGGCUGGAAACCCCCGCGACCGCAAGGGGCUGACAUCAAUUUGAUCAUUGCUGUUUCAUUUGGUCUUUUCGUCCCACAUCGAAUACUUAGCACUGCAAAAUAUGGAGGUCUUAAUGUUCACCCUUCCUUGCUUCCAGAUUUUCGAGGGCCUGCCCCUUUGCACCAUACGCUCUUAGCCGGAGAGACCAGAACGGGAGUUACGCUCCAGACACUUGAUGCGAAGAAGUUUGACCACGGAAUUAUCCUUGAUCAAACACCACCUCCAGGCUUCAGCAUACCGGAUCCAGAUACGUGUGAUGUUCCGCGUCUGUUGAAUUUGGUGUCUGAGAAAGGCGCACAGAUGCUCGUGGAGGGUAUUAGAAAUCGUGUUUUUGUUCCCCCUCUGAAAGGCGUGGGAUGGCUUAAACCAGUUGAAGGAGUUUCUCUUCGGUAUGCCGGGAAGAUCACAUCGGAAGACCGACAUAUCAAUUGGAAAUCCUGGACUGCAGAUGAAAUAAGUCGAUGCCAACGGGUCCUUGGGCUAUUGUGGAACAAUGCUGUUGUUCGGGUUGCCCCCGGCGGUAAUCACGAGCACAAGAGAGUUAUAUUCACGAAGAUGGAAGUUGUUGAUUCUAUCCCGGGCAGCCCCUGCUCGACCCAAAUCGAUCCUGGGUUGGUAUUCGCGGUUUCAGAUCCAGAGACUGAAACUGAUGGAUUAGAUCAAUCCUUAUACGUAACUACGAGUGACAAGAAGAUUUUCCGGAUACACGAAAUUAAAGUUCAAGGCCAAUCAUCAGCACCUGCUUAUCGAGCUGCGAAGAAAGCUAACAUGUUGGAUCUACAACCUAUAUAUUCUCCACUGCCCGCUAUAUUUUUUGCAGGCCUUGAAUAA